UGAGGUGAUGAGUGGAGUGACCGUGAACAUUUGGGUCUAAUGCGGAUGCGUUCAGUACGGCGCGAUCUCUGUGAGUUUUAAUUAGUGAUGGCUUCAUCGCGGCCAGACAACUUGUUUGUAUGAGAGGCUCACAGUGUAGGUUGGUGACGGAAAGAUCUAGCUUGGGUGUCCAUCAAACCGAACAGUUUCAUUUCAUCAAUUCAUUUGUCGUAGAUGUUGAUGAGAGCGAGUGUGGGUGUCCAGCGAGAACAAAAGGCGGCGAUGUCCACAGAGUAAGUUACGGCGCCGUUAGCUCCAUGUGUCUGUGCACCUCCGACCGUAAACAGCGCGCUGAGGAUCUCCACCGAUGGAAGAGCCGCGGACUGGGAAAUGAGUCUGAAAUCCUGCUGCCGUUUUGAAAAUGGCCAAAAAUACUUCUCUUUAUUUUCGGAUAGUUGAGGGAAGGAACCUGCCGGCGAAAGAUGUUUCAGGGACGAGUGAUCCCUACUGCAUUGUCAAAGUUGACAACGAGGUCGUGGCCAGAACGGCCACCGUGUGGAAGAACCUAAAUCCGUUUUGGGGAGAAGAGUACACGCUACAUUUGCCAAUGGGCUUCCAUACCCUCACUUUCUACGUCAUGGAUGAGGACACAAUAGGCCAUGAUGAUGUCAUUGGAAAAAUCUCUUUAAGUAAAGAAGUUAUAGCGAACCAAUCCAAAGGUUUAGAUAACUGGUUGAAUCUGACUCGUGUGGAUCCGGAUGAGGAGGUUCAGGGAGAGAUCCACGUAGCACUGGAGUUACACAGGGAUGCCCAGACCACCUGCCUGCGCUGCCACGUUAUAGAGGCCCGAGACUUGGCCCCUCGUGAUAUUACUGGUACGUCAGAUCCCUUCACCAGAAUCCUCUACAACAACCUCAGUGCUGAGACAUCAAUCAUAAAGAAGACACGCUUCCCGCACUGGGACGAAACCCUGGAGCUGUGUCUGGAUGAAGCAGGCGAGGCUGAGUCAGGUUCUGUCACUCUGGAGGUGUGGGACUGGGACAUGGUGGGCAAGAAUGACUUCCUAGGCAAGGUGGAGAUCCCCAUGUCUUGCUUGCAUAGAACUCCUCUGCUUCAGGGCUGGUUUCGUCUGCUGCCACUGGGAAACUCAGAGGACGAUGCCGGGGGAAAGCUGGGGGCAUUGCGGCUAAAGGUGCGUUUAGCCGAGGAGAGGAUUCUUCCCUCUCUGUACUAUCAGCCUCUCAUAGAUUUGCUGGUGGAAGCUGUCAUCUCACCUACAGAGGUAGAUGACCCAACCCCACUAACACUGCUGGAAGAGGUGACCACAGUAGAGAGCCGGCAGGAUAUUGCCAUGACACUGGUGAAGAUCUAUCUUGGCCAGGGCCUAGUUGUGCCAUUCCUGGAUUACCUCAACACCAGAGAAGUGCACCAUACAUCGGAUCCAAAUACGCUAUUUCGCUCAAAUUCUCUGGCCUCCAAAGCCAUGGAGCAGUUUAUGAAGGCUGUUGGGAUGAUAUAUCUGCAUGAGGUCCUCAAGCCCAUAAUCAACCGCAUCUUUGAGGAGAAGAAAUACAUUGAGCUUGAUCCCUGCAAGAUAGACCUCAAUCGCUGCAGGCGUAUUUCUUUUAAGGGUUCGGUGUCUGAAGAGGAGGUGAGAGAGAGCAGUGUGGGAAUGUUACAAACAUAUCUCAACAGCAUCAUGGAGGCCAUUGUCAAUUCCGUUUCCCAGUGUCCUCUUGCCAUGAGGGUCGUCUUCAAGCAGCUCCAUAAACGAGUGGAGGAACAGUUCCCUGAGACAGAAAAUGAGGAUGUGAAAUAUCUGGCGAUCAGUGGCUUUUUUUUCCUCCGUUUCUUUGCACCGGCAAUCCUGACCCCCAAACUCUUCCACCUGAGGGACCACCAUGCGGAUACACGUACCAGUCGAACUCUACUGUUGCUUGCCAAGGCUUUGCAGAGUGUGGGCAACCUUGGCUUGCAGUUGGGACACGGCAAAGAGCAGUGGAUGGCUCCUCUGCAUCCCAUUAUCCUCUGCAGCGUGGCAUCCAUUAAAGACUUUUUGGAUAAGCUAAUAGAUGUGGACCAUGAUAGUGGGUGUGACGUUCCACAGCGUGCAGUGUUUUUGCCCUCAGUGACGGUAAAGGAGGGAUUCCUGCAGAAACACAAAGCUGAAGGGCCUCAACUGCUCAAACGCUUUGCCUUUAAGAAGCGCUACUUUUGGCUGAGCUCUGAGACGCUGUCCUACGCCAAAACUCCCGACUGGCAGACUCGCUCUUCAAUUCCUAUUCAGUGUGUAUGUGCAGUGGAGAGAGUAGAUGAAAAUGCCUUUCAGCUCCAGAACGUCAUGCAGGUUAUAACCCGGGACCCAGAGGGACAGCUCCACACCAUGUACCUGCAGUGCAAGAAUGUGAAUGAGCUGAAUCAGUGGCUUUCGGCUAUAAGGAAAGCCAGUAUCUAUAAUGAACGCAUGCUGCCCUCUUUCCAUCCUGGAGCCCACCGUGGAAACAAGUGGACCUGCUGCCUACAGUCAGAACGCGCAGCGCUGGGCUGUAGUAGGACUCAUUCUGCAGUGACUCUGGGAGAUUGGAGUGAUCCCUUAGACCCAGACGCUGAGGCUCAAACCAUUUACAAAGAACUGUUGCAAGGCAGAGACAAACUCAGGAAGCAGUACCUGGAGUCACAGGAAACAGAAGCUGCCGCACAGGAAGAGAGCGCGGUCAAGCAGAGAAAACCCUCAGAUAGAGUAGAGGCAAGUGUGCAGGGGCGUAACGAGCGCGUCUGUGCUGUAGCAUCUCGGCUGUUGGACGUGGUUUUGGACUUGGAACGUGCUCACGCCUCCUUCCAGCACAGAGAGACUGAAGAGGCCAGCAGCCUGAUCCUGCCUUCAUAGAGUGCACUACAUUCUGCCCUUAAAACCCACCCUGCACUCCAGACUUGCUGCACAGCCUGGCAAGCUCUCCACGACCUGAAGCCCUUCAUACACCCUUCAGUCUUGACAAACCUCUGACACACUUAGUGCCCUAGAUUAGUAGUUCCCUUGCUCCACCCUCACCUUUUACCCACACCAUGCAGGUAAAAUACGGCUGUUCCUUUAGGGCCUCUCGUCCUGUAAAAAGACAAUUAUGCAAUUUAGUAAAUUAAUCACUUUAUGAAGAUUGUCAGGCUUUUUAAUCAGACCAACAUUCACGAAACAUUUGUGACCUGUUUUUCAUGUAUUUGUAUUUUGAACUGACUUGAAUUGAUGCUUUGUGUUGAUUUUAUAGCCAGCAGCCAAAUUGUAGCUUUUGAAAAUAUGAGUAUGUGUGUAUGUAUAUCCAUAUAUGGUUUGCAUGGCGGGAUGCUAAAUGACAUCACCUGCUUAAAACAUGCCACACGUUCACUCAAACACACAUGCACACACGCACAGCAGGAGAAUCGUGCCUGCAUCCGCGCUGCCGCUUUGUUUACUAAGUGGAUGACAUUUCAGUGGCUGUUCAGAGGUCAUUAUGGUGCAGUUUUUCUGCCCAGCUGAACAUGAUCUGGCGCUAUUCUUCCAAACAGUGCUUUUUAAAAGAAAUAGCAUUGAUAUUUUUAUAUUUAAACACAAAAGGUAUAUACCGACCAUCUACUUUAUUAGGUACACCACCUAGUCUCUACAUUAUUUGUGUUUUUGUCUACUUUAUCAUGCCCACUGACCAUGUAGGUGCACUACGUAAUUCUACAAUUUUAGACUCUGGCGCUUCUGUAUCUGUGCUUCUUCAGUGGUCCACCCCAGGACCACCACAGAGCUGUACUAUUAGGGUGGUGGGUUAUUCUCAGUAUUGCAGUAACACUGACGUGGUAGUGACAUUAGUGUGUGUUGUGCUGGUAUGAGCGGAUCAGACACAGCAGUGCUGUUGGAGUUUUUAAACACUGUAUCCCAUUGCUGUCCUCUCUGUUAGGCACACCUACAUUGUAGGUCCACCUUGUUGAUUUAAAAUCAGAGACAGUAGCUCAUCUGUUGCUGCACAGUUUGUGUUAGUCAUGCUCUUGUUUUUCAUCAGUGGUCACUGGAUGCUGCCCACAGGAUGCUGUUGGCUGGAUAUUUUUGGUUGGUGGACUAUUCUCAGUCCAGCAGUGACACUGAGGUGUUUAAAAACUCCAGCAGCACUGCAGUGACUGA